AUGGAAGAUCUCGAAGGCGACGAUCUGAAUCUCAGCUUGUCCAUCCCCACCUCAUCAUCGUCGACGACGACGAACGGCAGCCCGAAUCACGACGGCGGAAACAUCAAGGGGAAGAUCUUCCGUCUCCUCCAAAUGCGCGAGCAGAUAAUCAAGCGGCCGCGAACUGACACGACCCAUCAUCGGAAAUCUCCUCCGCCAGCAGAGGACGAAAACGACGGCGGGAGCAAGGAGGGACUCCACCUGAUACACUCGCUCCUCAUCGCCGCCACGGCGGUCGACGAGGGGAACUCCGAUUCCGCCCUCGAGAACCUCGCCGAGCUCUACCGGACCGUGUCGCUGGUGGGCGUCUCUGUUCAGCGGGUCGUCGACUCGUCGCCCACUUCGCCGACGGAUUGUACAAACAAAAAAAUAUAA